GCAAUAUGAAGUCAUGAGGAUGUCUCAUAAUAUGUGAAGACACCCAGAAGAACCCUGAUGUGAAGCGCAUAAGUGUGUGUUAAUGGGGUUUCUAGCCAUCUGGGAGUCAUGGUGAUCUUGAGAGAAGGGGUCUGCCCUGGAAUAAACGAGGAAUUCAUUAAGGCUUUACAGUCAGAGGAUAUCAAAACAGUUGAAGACUUUGUCUCAUGUAACCCAGAAGAACUUGCACGAAAGUGUUCAUUGUCUUAUGCUCUAGUAGCUGUUCGGCGUGUGCUGUUGGCUCAAUACACAGCUUUUCCCGUCUCUGGAGCAGAUCUCUAUGAGGAACUCUUGAGCUCCACAGCAAUUUUGUCCACUGGCAAUCCCAGUUUGGAUAAGCUGUUAGAUUCUGGGCUCUACACGGGGGAGAUAACUGAGCUGACAGGAAGUCCAGGGAGUGGGAAAACACAGGUGUGUUUUAGUGUUGCAGUUAAUAUAUCCCACCAGCUGAAGCAGACUGUGUUUUACAUUGACACAAAGAGUGGUAUGUGUGCGAACCGACUGCUUCAGAUGCUACAAACCAAGACCCCUAAUAUGGAGGAGCAGAUGGAGGCACUUCAAAAAAUCAAGGUGUUCCGAGUAUUUGAUGUCUUCUCUUUGCUCGCAUGUCUUCAAAAUCUGAGAUCAAAUGGCCUUCAGAGGGCGUCUGUCGGAGGUGGUUCAGUCAAAGCGCUGAUGGUGGAUUCAGUCUCUGCUGUGCUCUCAUCCAUGCUCGGAGGGAAACAGAAUGAGGGUAUGUCCUUGCUGAUGCAAGUUGCUGGGGAGCUGAAGAUGAUCGCCAAAGACUUCAACAUUGCUGUACUGGUGACAAACCAUGUGACCAAAGAUGGGAAUGGGCAUUUGAAGGCUGGACUGGGACAGUCAUGGAGUCAUGUGUCGCGCACACGUGUGCUCCUGCGGAGAGUGGAGGACGCAGGGACUUCAUCCUUACGAACCGCAACUCUGACCAAAUCAUCACGACAGGCUUGUCAUCUGGUAGAGGAGUUUGAUCUUUGUCACUGGUCUGAAGAGAGGAGAACCUCCAUUUCAGGCAAGAGGAAACUAGAGGAAAGAAGUAAACCUUGACAAAAAUAUAUAGGAGGUCUAUUUAGAGUCGGUGUAAAUAUGUAUAAUAUUUCUUCAAACGGUUUCUGUUGUGGUCUUUGACCGGUGAUAAGACAUUUUCUUUCUUUGAAUGAAUGUUUUUGUAUAUGUACCGUUUAAUCAA